AUGACUGGUAUUCAAAGCUUCACAGUCCUGUCGUUCGGGUUUGUCGGCCUCGGGAAUAUGGGCUCUGUGAUGAGUUUGAACCUGGCCGGCUAUGCCCAGAAGCAAGGAUUCCCAAAGGUCAAACUAUGGAAUCGCUCUCGCGGUAAAGCUAAUGAACUCGCUAAACAAGGAUUCAUUGAAGUAGCCGAUACACUGGAGAGUAUAGCAACAGACUGCACCAUCAUUCAUACGUGCCUUGCAAACGACGAGGUUGCUCUCUCGGUUUACCGCCGGAUUCUGACAGCUGCCAAGCCAGGACUUAUACUCGUGGAUCACUCAACAUUAUAUCCAACGACAUCCUCGACACUACAUGCCGAAGCCGAAGCUACAGGCUCAAGUUUUUUAUCUUAUCCCAUAUUGGCUGUAUUAAAGGAGUAUAUCGUACCAACAAUUGGAAGAGCCAUUAUCGACUGCGGCGAAGACACGAGAAAAGAGGCACUUCUCAAGAUCUUAGGAAACAGCUGUAUUCUUGGUACGAUCGAGCUCAUGUCGGAGAAUUUCACUCUAGCCGAGAAAGCGGGAUUUGACGCCAGGUUAUUCUACGAAUUUAUACCUUGGGUAAACUACGGGAAGAAGAUUCGGGACGGGGCUUUCAGUGGCGCCACGGGAUUCACUCUGCCCGGCGGGAUGAAGGACGCGACAUACAUACGGCGACUAGGUGCUGAAAAUUCUACACCGACUCCUGUCAUUGAUCACGCAUGGAACCAUCUCACCACCGCUAAGGCUCUCGGUGGUGAGGGGUUGGAUUGGAGUUCGUGCGCCGCCGGGAUGCGAGUUACAGCGGGUUGCCACCGUUUAAGGGCGAAGACUUCAGUUUAA